CUCGAGUUGCAUGCGGCACCCAUGAAAUCGUAUGUGCGUGCGUUCUAAAUUAGAUGCCCGAUGUUCUGCUAUUAAUUAGAAAUAAGUUCCUGUCUUGGGGCAAGUUGUUCGCUCCAUUCCUUUCUCGCCAAUUUCGAAAUUGGGUCAACGUGUGCGAUGCUACAUUCGCCGUCUGCGUUUAUAUUUCUGCUUUUUUUUUUGGCUGCUGCUGCCGAACCAGUUUGUUGACCUUGUUUUUCAGUUUUCCAAGUGCAAUUGGGGCUUGACUUUUGACAAUAUGUGUAUGUCCGACUUUCCUCUUUUAUGAGGAUCGGGAUCUAUGAACUGGGAAUUAUGAUCGGCGGACAUGCAUUGCAUUUACAGCUCUGUUUUGUGUGGAAAUUCAUAUUUUUAUCACCACCUAGCAACACAAAGCACACACACACGCAUUAACACUCCUUCUUGGGGACAUUUCCGUUUUUUCAACAACAAAGGCUUUCAGUGGAUGUGGGUGUGUUUGUGUGCGUGAGAUGGAUAGAGGUGCAGUUAUAUAAAUAUAUAUUGAUUAAAUUAACUGUUAUUUAUUCCGCCAAUAGUAGUGGCGUUCCAUGUAAACAAAAAACAGCUGUUUUAGAGCCUUAGAAGGCAUAGUGUUGGUAAAUGCCACGCCUUUAGAUCGCACAUUUUUUGCUUAGAACUAAGAAUAAACAAUUCACAAAUAUUUGUACUUUAUUAAAACAGUUUUUAUAUUACCUUUAAACUAAGGAACCUUAUAACACCAUCUUGGCAAUAAGAUUUAAGCCAAUGGUCAGAUAACUUUAUCUCUCAAAACUAUGCCCGACUUUUAUGAACUUUUGAAUGUGUCAUCUACGGCCAGUUUCGAAGAGAUUAAAUGCAGCUACAAACAAUUGAUACUACAAUGUCAUCCCGACAAAUUACGGCAUCUCGAUGACCCAGAUCAGGGUUCGGAUGCCAAGAACAGCGACUUCAAUGCGAUAAACGCGGCAUGGAAUACGCUAAAAGAUCCCAUUAAGCGAAAGCACUACGAUGCCGAAUUGCUGCAGUCGAAAUUCCGGGCCCACAGCAACAUCUACGCCACUGUAGAGUUGGAUGAAAUGCAGCUCAUUCAAGUGGAAAUCGAGGAAGAUGACGAGGCACCAAUACCUCCCUACCGAGAUUCUGAAUCCGCAUCCGAGGCAAACAAAGGGCCAGCGACAAUGUGGAGCUAUGCGUACGACUGCCGAUGUGGCGGUCAGUAUCUGUUCGAUGGACCCGGAGACGAUGAGUCACCCGAAGUGAUUGUGGAGUGCAACGAGUGCUCCUUAGUGAUUAUUGUGAAACAUACCAUAACUUGUAAAUAAAGAAAUAAUGGAAGUGCUGUCCAGCACAAUGCUUGUGAUCUAAACUAUUUGAUUAAGAGCCCUGUUAAAAUUAA